GUCAAAAUAAACCCGACACCUUAAUUUGGAGACUCAUAAAACCCACACAUUCGUCGUCUUCAUUUUGUAAACCCUAACACAACACCCUGCCGCACCUGCAUCCACUCUCUCUCCUAGGGUUUAUCAGUUCGAGCAUCAAUGGCGCCUACUGCUAAAGAUGGGAAGAAGGCUGAUCCUAAGGCUCAGGCCUUGAAAGCUGCCAAGGCUGUGAAAUCAGGUGCAUCAACCUUGAAGAAGAAAGCCAGUAAGAAGAUCAGGACCAAGGUAACUUUCCACAGGCCAAAGACAUUUAAGAAGGAAAGAAACCCCAAGUACCCUCGCAUCAGUGCUACCCCAAGAAACAAGUUGGACCACUACCAGAUCCUUAAAUUCCCGUUGACUACCGAGUCUGCCAUGAAGAAGAUCGAGGACAACAACACCUUGGUGUUUAUUGUCGAUAUCCGUGCUGAUAAGAAGAAGAUCAAGGAUGCCGUCAAGAAGAUGUAUGACAUCCAGGCCAAGAAAGUGAAUACUUUGAUCAGGCCCGAUGGCACCAAGAAGGCAUACGUCCGCCUUACACCAGACUAUGAUGCUUUGGAUGUUGCAAACAAGAUCGGAAUCAUCUAAACUCUGUAUUUUGAUUUAUCUUUUGUCAUUAGCAGACUGAUUACCAGUGACAAAUUUUGUUAGGAACACAAUUUCAGUUUAAUGCUCAGAUUGUUAUUUGAUA